AUGGCGGAUCUCACACACUCCAACUACAACAGCAGGCAGCCUGGGAUGUUCUCUUUGCCUUCCUUUGGCUGCAGGGAGAGCUCUGUACUGCCUGGCACUGGAAGAGGCGACAAACAGAAGAAGAAAUCCUUCUAUUUAGUCAGGAUGAAGCCUCUGAAAGAGCCCACCAACAACAAUGUGUCCUUUGUCAUCCACUGUCACAUAGGGAAGGAGAUCAAGCACAUUUGCAGCAACUGCAGUCGCGGAGAAGAAGCUCGAGAGGCUGAGGAAGUGGAGAGACUGGCUGCAAUGCGCUCUGAAUCCUUAGUGCCCGGUACCCACACUCCACCAAUUAGGAGAAGAAGUAAAUUUGCCACUUUAGGAAGACUUUUCAAGCCAUGGAAAUGGAGAAAGAAGAAAAGUGAGAAAUUCAAGCAAACAUCUGCA